UCCGUGCACGCGCUCGCCUGCCCUUCACAUUCCUUCCACAUCCUGCUAGUCUCCACUCCCAACUGCAGCAUCUAACAUGGCCCUGCUGAAGUCCAACAAGGUGAUCUCCAGCCUGGGGAACAUUUCUCCGGUUCUGGGAGUCUUGUCCACCCGUUACAGCUCAUGGUGGGCUGGAGUGCAGAUGGGUCCCCCUGAUCCCAUCCUGGGGGUGACUGAGGCCUUCAAGAGGGACACCAACCCCAAGAAGAUGAACCUGGGAGUGGGAGCCUACAGAGAUGACCAGGGAAAACCCUUUGUGCUCAGCUGUGUUCGCAAGGCAGAAGCUUUGAUUGCGUCCAAACAACUGGAUAAGGAAUAUCUCGGCAUUGGUGGUCUGGCUGAGUUUAACAAGUCCUGUGCUCAGCUGGCGUUUGGUGCAGACAAUGAGGUCUUAAAGAGUGGCAGGAGCAUCACAGUUCAAACUAUCUCAGGAACUGGAUCUUUGCGUGUGGGGGCCAACUUUCUGGCUCGAUUCCAUGCAGGCCCACUUGAUGUGUACUUGCCCAAACCUUCCUGGGGAAACCACACACCCAUCUUCAGAGAUGCUGGCAUGCAGCUGAAAGGAUACAGAUACUACGACCCCUCCACCUGUGGCUUCGACUUUAAAGGAGCUCUGGAAGACAUUUCUAACAUCCCAGAAAAGAGUGUGAUCCUGUUGCACGCGUGUGCCCACAACCCCACGGGCGUAGACCCUCGGCCUGAGCAGUGGAAGGAGAUCGCUGACAUCGUGAAGAAAAGGAACCUGAUGGUGUUCUUCGACAUGGCGUAUCAGGGCUUUGCAAGCGGCGACAUUGAUCGGGACGCCUGGGCCGUACGCCACUUCAUCGAGAAGGGCAACAACAUUGUGCUGUCUCAGUCCUUUGCUAAGAACAUGGGACUUUAUGGUGAACGUGUGGGAGGCUUCACUGUGGUGUGCAGUGAUGCAGAAGAGGCAAAGAGAGUCGAAUCUCAACUCAAGAUCCUCAUCAGGCCGAUGUACUCCAACCCACCGAUGAACGGCGCCAGGAUCGCUUCGACCAUUCUCAACACACCAGAUCUGCGUUCCCUCUGGCUGGAGGAGGUCCACAGUAUGGCUAACCGCAUCAUUAAGAUGAGAGAACAGCUGGAGGCGGGACUGAAAAAACAGGGCUCCUCCCACAACUGGCAGCACGUCAUCGAUCAGAUUGGGAUGUUCUGCUUCACGGGCCUCAAACCUGAACAGGUUGAGCGUCUGACGAAGGAGUUCUCCGUGUACAUGACCAAGGAUGGCAGAAUUUCCAUGGCGGGCGUGUCCUCUGGAAACGUUGGCUAUCUUGCGGAGGCCAUCCAUGCGGUCACCAAGUAGAGCUUGUCCUGCCAGGAGAACAACACAAUCAAAGCUGCAGUGAUGAGGAGCUUCACCUGUCACUCCUUCAUCCCACCUUUAGACAGGAGCUCGGUACUUAGUCUUCCUCAUCUGGAUUUUCUCAUGAUUUCAUCUUGGAACGGUUUAUUCUCUGGUUAUUCUUCAUCAUUUCAUUGAACAGAUCCCCCCCGCUCGCCAUCCUGUUGAUUAAAUAGAGUCGGCUGCUGGCUGUGCAGUAGAUGUCAACUGUUGACCUGCCCUCGGGCCUCUCAGCUUUAAACAUCAAAUAAAGCUUUGGAGUUAUGGAUGUUGGCUUUAGGUGCAUGUUGAGAUCUGUCACUUAAUGAAAGCCUGUAGGAAAAACAUUUUGCCAUUUUGUUUAAAUGGAUGUUGUGUAGCACUAAGUUUAUUACUGUAUAAAUGGGUAUUUAUCAGGUUAUCAAUUUAUUUAGUCACUUUGAUCAAUUAUUCUGGUGUUUAGUUGCUUUUAUCUUUCCAAAUACUUCCCUUGCUUUCAAUAAUUUUCCUGCAGGUUUUGUGAUUUCAGCCUAAGUGGUCACAGGGCAGCAGUUGGUCCUCAUUACAAAGACGAGCACAAAAGUGGAAAAAAAAUGGAGAUUAAGUUCUGAAAAGUAAUAUAUAUAUUUGAAUAUUUUUAUGAGCCAUCCAGCCAUGAACACAACAGCACCAUUUCUAAAUGUUUGCUUCAUAAUGACCUGGGUACCUCCUCAGGGGGAGUGGGGUCGACGGCUCAGGUGCCAGGUCGGUGCUUUGACCUCUUCAUCACUGGGACUGAGACACAAAUGACAUCUAGAAAUGUGGGUUUGCUCCCGUUUGCUCAUACCUGUGGAUGUUCAUUUCCAUGUUCUGCAUUUUGUGACUCCAAAGAUUGUGGAUUGUGUUCUUGACGGAAAAAAAAAUCAAUAAAUCAUUCUAGAGUGUU